UGGCCAAUCAGGAGGCCUCUUCUCACCUCAGAAUGACAUUCCUGAAUCGGAUUAGAAUUUAGGACAUAUUGGAAUGUACAAAGACAUAUAGCUGAACAUAGCAAUCCCUUACUGGGUGUGAGUUAAAAAUGGUAAGGAGUUGUUUUGAUGUAAUAUGUGUUUUUUACCUGGUGCUUCAUUAACUGGUACACAAGGCUUCAGGCUGGAAUGCAUUUCAUAAAUAAUUAUAUUUAAUAUAAUUAAAUAAUAAUAAUAAUAAUAAUCAUCAUCAUCAUAACCAUAAGAAGAAGAACAGAAGUGUUUAUCAGUAGAUACGUACAUCAUUCUAAUUACAUGCAUGGGUGUUUUAAAUAACCAUUGUUCAAAAUAAAAAAAAAUAAAAGACUUAACGAGCGAACAGUGUUUCAAGCAAUUCACUGGGAAGGCCUAUUUCCUAAGCAUUGCGCAACAACCGGAUUAAGGACAGAUUAACGACAGAUUGUGCAUAACGUUGCAGCGCAAAAAGCAGUGAUCAACUUUAAACAGGUCAGUCACCCCUGUUGGGUCAGUAUAUGCGUGAGAGAAUAAAAGCAGCGUCAAAGCCGGCAGUCUCUACUGUUCAUGAUUCCAUGAAAGAAUGGGUUCCUGUUGUAGCCGGGGGCAAAGAGCUUUCCAAUGCAAUGUGUUAGCAAACACAAAGACGGACUACAUAGGACCUGCUACGAAAACGAAAUAAAUCUGGGGCUUUCUAGCUUCUCAGACACUGUAGAAUCUGUGCUUUCUUUGACACAAACGACACAGAGGGAGGAGGGGCUUCGCACAUGCGCACUGGCAGAGCUAACCACACGCGGCUCAAUCACGACGUGUAUUCGGCGUCCACUAUGCAUCUGCCCGACAGUGCUGUAAGAAAGGCGUUCAAAUGCAGUCAGUCGAACUGUAAAUACUGCCCAUUUCACCCUCACUCGCGUUGGAUCAGACCUGCCCUCCUCGAACUCACAAUGGGUUAGAAGGAGGAUGCGCGGAUUAUCCACUUUCAACACUUUGCAAGGAUGGGGACUUGGAUUUUCUGUUUCGGCAGAAACGUCUUGACAAAGGACGAAGAGGGAAAAUAGAUUCGGGAUUUCUUCUCCCAAGCCUGUUCUUUCGUUUUAUUUCAUUCUUUUUUUUUGAGAAAUGAUUGCAGAGUUGGUGUGCAGCGCUGUGGCACUGGUCCUUUAUGUCAACACACUGGGCGCCGAUUUCUGCUACGAUGACAGCCGAGCGAUUAAGACUAACCAGGACCUGCUCCCCGAGACGCCGUGGCUCAACAUCUUCUACGACGACUUCUGGGGCACGCUGCUGACACACAGCGGCAGCCACAAGUCCUUCCGGCCACUCUGCACGCUCUCCUUCCGGCUGAACUACGCGGCGGGCGGUCUGGAGCCGCGCGGCUACCACCUGGUCAACGUGGUGCUGCACAGCGCCGUGGCGGGCCUCUUCACCGGCGUGGCGCGACAGCUGCUGGGCCACUCCUGCUGGUCGCUGCUGGCCGGCCUGCUCUUCGCCGCCCACCCCGUGCACACGGAGGCGGUGGCGGGCGUGGUGGGCCGGGCGGAUGUGGGCGCGGCGCUCUUCUUCCUGCUGGCGCUGCGCUGCUACGCGCGCCACUGUGCCCUGCGCGACGGCGUCGGCAGCCGGUGGAGGGCCGGGGCGUGGCUGGGCGCGUGCCUGGCGAGCUCGCUGGCCAGCAUGCUGUGGAAGGAGCAGGGAGUGACGGCGCUGGCCGCGGCGGCGCUCUACGACGUGUUUGUGGUCCACCGGCUGAGGCUCUCUCAGCUGCUUACGAUCCUCUUCAGGAGGAGAAACCUCCACCUGCUGGCAAGCGUGUUCCUGUUGGCAGUGUGGGGGAUGGUGCUGCUGGCUUUCCGCCUCUACUGGAUGGGCAACAAGCCGCCCAACUUUUCCAACUCGGACAACCCGGCCGCCGACUCACCCAGCCUCCUCACCCGCACGCUCACCUUCCUCUACCUGCCCGCCGUCAACGCCUGGCUGCUCCUGUGCCCUGACACCCUCAGCUUCGACUGGUCCAUGGACGCCCUGCCGCUGGUCCGGAGCCUGGCCGACUGGAGGAACCUCCACACGGUGGCCUUCUACGCCGCGCUGCUGGUGCUCGGCUGGUUCGGCCUCGGGCUGCCCUUCCGCCCCGCCCGGGGCAAGGAGUCCAACGGGAAAGCCCACCCGGCCCUGACCAACGGCAAGCUGGCCACCAACGGCAAGCUGGCCACCAACGGCAACGGCCACCACAGCUCUGACCAGGAGCACGGCUCCUCGGAGAACGAGCACCCGCCUGGGGUGGAGAACGGUACGAAGAAGGCCGCCCAGGCUCCCAGGACCUCGCUGCCCACCACGGAAAACGUGCUGGUGUUCUCCCUAGGCCUGAUGGCAGUGCCCUUCCUCCCAGCCACCAACCUGUUCUUCUACGUGGGCUUCGUGGUGGCCGAGCGCGUGCUCUACAUCCCCAGCAUGGGCUUCUGCCUGUUGGUGGCCGUGGCCAUGAGGGCCCUGUACGUCCGGCUGCGCAGGCCCUCCGCCAAGAGCCUGGUGGUGUACUUUGGUGCCACCCUGGUGCUGCUGUUUGGGAUCAAGACUGUGCUGCGCAACCAGGACUGGCAGAAUGAGGAGAUGCUGUACCGUUCAGGGAUAACUGUGAACCCUGCUAAAGCCUGGGGUAACCUUGGGAACGUCCUGAAGAACCAAGGCAAGAUGUCUGAAGCAGAACGUGCUUACAGGAACGCACUGUACUACCGCAGGAACAUGGCUGACAUGCUUUAUAAUCUAGGUUUGCUGCUGCAGGAAAACAACAAGUUCUCUGAGGCCCUCCACUACUAUAAGCUAGCCAUUGGGAGCAGGCCAACACUAGCUUCCGCUUACUUGAAUACGGGGAUCAUCCUGAUGAACCAAGGCCGCGGCGACGAGGCCAGACGCACCUUCUUGACCUGCGCCGACAUCCCAGACGAGAACCUCAAGGACCCACACGCCCACAAGAGCUCCGUCACCAGCUGCCUGUACAAUCUGGGCAAACUGCUGCACGAGCAGGGCCACCAGGAGGAGGCCGUUUCUGUCUUUAAAGAAGCAAUACAGAAGAUGCCACAGCAGUUUGCCCCUCAGAGUCUCUAUAAUAUGAUAGGAGAGGCCUACAUGCGACUGAACAAGCUGGCGGAGGCCGAGCACUGGUACCGGGAGUCUCUGCGGGCCAAACCAGAUCACAUCCCUGCUCACCUCACUUACGGCAAACUCCUGGCCAUGACGGGCCAGAAGGCUGAGGCGGAGAGGUACUUCCUGAAGGCCAUCCAGCUGGACCCCACCAAAGGAAACUGCUACAUGCAUUAUGGUCAGUUUUUGUUGGAAGAGUUGCGUUUGCUCGAGGCUGCUGAGAUGGCGGAGAAGGCAGCUCGCCUGGACAGUGGGGAGUUUGAUGUGGUGUUCAGCGCCGCUCACAUGCUCAGGCAAGCCAGUCUGAAUGACGCCGCAGAGAAGUAUUACAGCCUAGCAGCCAGUCUGAGACCCAAUUACCCUGCUGCUCUGAUGAACCUUGGUGCCAUCCUGCACCUGAACGGCAAACUGCAGGAGGCCGAGGCCAACUACCUGCGCGCCCUGGAGCUGAAGCCCGACGACUCCAUCACCCAGUCCAACCUGCGCAAGCUGUGGAAUAUCAUGGAGAAACAGGGCCUAAAGACCAGGGCACCAUGACACUCAUGCACACACACACAUAAAGACAGAAACACACACACGUACACACAGAGACAAACUCUCAACCGGACAGCCAAGCCUGGUGCAGGCCCUCUCUGCUAACCCCCCCUCCCCCCAUCAUGGUGCUGCGGACUGAGAGAGGGUACAAGGGCUCAGACAGGACUGCUCAGCAUCCCCACUAUCUUGCUUUCCGCAGACAGUGGGUUGUGGAUGUGGCCAAUGGACAAGAUGUGAGAAGAUUUUUUGUUUUGUUUGUUUUAUUUGUGCUUUUGUUUUAUUUGUUCUUGAAGCUCACACAGCCAGGUGAGCUGGCUGAUUCUCUGAUCCUCCCUAACACAGCUGAGCAGCGCACCUGACUUGAACUGGGCUGUUGGUACAUACUUGAAAACUUGUGUUAAAUUAAGACUUUAUUGAUUGAUUGAUUUGUUAUUAAUGCUUACAGGUCUUAGGACAAGGUUUGCCCUUGGGCUGGUGCAAGAUGAUUGGGGCAAAAAAGGGAAAUUUAAACUACAGUACCCAUAAGGCCUUCCUCUGGGCAAGGAUCGUUGCCAUGUAAAUUUGUUUUUCUCUUGUUUUUUUUAUUAUUAUUAACUCUUGGUGAAAUUGUUUCCGCCAGUUUCUCUGCACAUUGUAGAAAUGUAAUAUCACUAGUUUACCAUUGGUUCCCUUGUUUGCUGUUGUGUGGAAAACUGAAGAGAGACUGUUUUCUAUGGUAGCCUAUCAUAAACUAAUACCAAAUAUCAUAUAACUACACACCCCAUGGUUUUGAAGUACGGUUAAAUAUGGUUGUCUGUGUGAGUAUGCAUGCAUGCUUGUGUGUGCGUGCGUGCGUGCGUGCGUGUGUGUGUGUGUGUGUGUGUGUGUGUGUGUGUGUGCGUGCGUGCAAGCGCCAAUCUUGUAAAUUUGGGUCUUGAAGGGCAAAGGUUUCCUGAUGUUUCCAGCUGAUAGUACAGUUGGUCCGACCCAGAUCUGACUGAUCCACAUCGGCACAACACCAGAUCUGGUUCCAAAGUGAGCUGUCGUCUGGCGUCCUGUGUGUAAACUCUCUGUUGAAGGCCUAGUUUGUUCAGUGACCUGCGUAUGGGUCCAUUUUACACUCCCUCAUACAACACACAGCCUGUUCAGUUAAUCACUCAUUACCAUCACCUUCCAUGUCUUAGAGUGAUAUAACCCACUCCUUUUCCUACCGUCUGAAAUUGAGUACAUCCCAAAAUUCACAAUUUCAGCCACAUGGAAGGAAGACACAAUGGCCUUCUGAACGGCUUCUUAAAUGUUCUCUUGACUUUGUCAGGUGCACAUUCAGAAACAGACAGACUGUGGAGCACUUCGGACUAAAUAAUAAGAAGGACUUAAGUGUUGAAGUGAUUAUCUAACUCUAAGGACAGAGCAGAAAGGACAGAUACCUAGUUGUACUUUGCCUUAAAAUGAAGGUUGAAUAACUGAAGUGUUAGCAGAGAGUCUGAGAGUUGUUUUAUAUUAUUUAUUUUCUCCUCACAUGGCGUUUGUGUGUGUACGUCUUCGAGGUAGCUUACACAAAAGUGUCGCAGUGCCCACUGAAUGAGCUUCCCUUAAUGUUGACUGUUGUUCGGUGGAAUUUGAAGGAAAGUGACGGCCUGACACAGCAACGGUACUUUCUUCUUAUGUUAGGCAUCCUCAAGGUAAGACAUAUUUAAAUCAGAUCGUGCUUAAGGUUAAUGAAGGCAUCCUCAAGAUAAAAACAUAUUUAAAUUCUUUCAGAGACAGCUGGGGAAUGAGAGUUCUGAUUGGCCAUGUUUGUCUUUACCAGAUUUGCUUCUCUCAGUCCAUCACUGCACCAGAAUUGUUGAAGGGACUGUCUAUAUGUAAAAUUAGUUUAUUUGUGUAAUUCCUUAUUUUGGAGUGUAUAGAUGAAACAUAAUAUAUAAAAGGCUACAUUAUCUUGCUUUAAAGAUUUAAAAGUACAAGCCUUGAGAUGUUAAAUCACAUGGUUUUUCUGAAGUAUAUUGAAGUAAUUGUGUUAAAUCAUCUUGUUCCUUUUUUCCUUUAUUUUGUUUUAUAAUUUCAGCGCUCAUUUCUGCUUCCAUUCUCUGUAUGUGUUACCAUGUUAUUCUUGCAGUGUUAAUAUCCAUCAAACAAACUGGGAGCAUAUUGCUGAGGAAGAAGCUGCAAGAUGUGUAUGUUUGUGAAGGUCUCUUCAUUUCCUUUCAAAUUUGUCUUUUGUGAUUCCAUGGAAAGCAAUCCAGCUGGGACUGUGUUGUAUUUCAGACAUCACAAGGAGGCACAUCACUACAAAAAAGUAUAGUUUGUUUGAUAGACUUUUCAAGUUUUGCUUUCAGAGCAUUGUAAAUUGAAUUGUGUGUUUUUUUGUCUGUUUGUUUUGUGUGUGUGUGGGUGUGUCUGUGUCUCUCUGUGUGUCUGUCUGUGUCUGUGUCUGUGUGUGGGUGUGGGUGUGGGUUCACUUGUCUGGUUGUCUUCACAAAGAAAGACUGGGGAAAAUGUUUGCGUGUGUGUGUGUUUUCAUUGAGUGAGAUUACGGGUAGUAUCACUGUUCACAACCUAACACUCAAAGUAAAGUAAAGUAGGGAUCCAGCUAGUAUUGUUUUGUUGACAUAGAUGUCUCAGUGCAACAGUGUAAUGUUGGGAUAUCUUUAUCUCUCCUUAACUGAGGGGGUGCAGUACUGUAGUACUGUAUCCAGGUAGUGCAUUCCCCCUCAUGUUCUCAUUGAUGCAUAGUUCUCACAGUGUGUGUGUCUGUCUGUCUGUCUGUCUGUCUGUCUGUCUGUCUGUCUGUCUGUCUGUCUGUCUGUCUUAGUUUGUAUCCAUUCAUUAUUAGUUACUGAUGUUUAAGGGAAGUCAAAUUUUGUUGCCAUGGUGAAAAUGAUUGAAAACAAACAUAAAUCCCCUCCACCCCUUCAUUGCCACUCUCUCUGUCCCUCUUAUUGUUUCUCUUUUGUGGGAGACGUAGAGGAACUCAGACCUUUCAUUUUGUGUCUCUACUCAGGGAUUCCAAGCAGUUGGGUGUGUGUGUGAGUGUGUGUGUGUGUGAGUGUGUGUGUGUGUGUGUGUGUCUGUGUGUGUGUGUGUGUG